GCUUGUGUAGUUUCAAGUUGAUCCAGGCGGGGAGGCUGCUUUUUGUCCUUCAAUUCACUGUGGAAAUUUAUGACAGAGCAAAAGAAGACUUGGAAUUCUCUUUCGAAUGGCGGCUGGACACGGAGACCCGGGAUCUGACAAUCUUUUUGGGAAACUGAUGUAUUGAGUUAUUUUGCUACUAUACGGAUGUCAAUAAUAAAAUCAUUAUAAUAACAUUUUUUCCAGUUCGCUUUUAAGGACGGGACUUUACCAAAUCCAUGAAUUUUGACAAGAGCCAGCGCACGGGAUAUGGACACGAGGGAAAGGUGAGAGGGGUCAGGAAGAAGAGCCGUUCCCAUCGCCAUUCUCUCAAUGACUCUCUGGAAGGAGAGGUUAAGGCGUUUCUCAUAGAUGAGGGUCAGCUCCACACCUAUGAUGACCUUACCAAGGUAAACCCGGUAACCCCAUCAACAGUUCUGAAAUGCCUGCAAGCAAGGUAUAGUGCUAAGGUGUUCUACACCCAUGCUGGGUGCACUCUGGUGGCUCUCAACCCCUUCCAGCCCAUCCCAGACCUCUACUCUCUGGAUGUGAUGAAGGAGUACCACUGUGCUGCUCAGCCUCAGGAGUUCAAACCCCACAUCUUCAUUGUGGCAGAAGAGGCCUAUCGAAAUGUGCAGGGCCAAGUGGAACCCAUGAACCAGUCCCUGGUGGUCAGUGGUGAGAGUGGAGCAGGAAAGACCUGGACCUCGCGAUGCUUGAUGAAGUACUACGCGACGGUGGCAGCCUCUUCCUCAGUGACGAAGAGCCACGGCACAGUGGGGAGGAUUGAGAAGAGGGUGCUGGACUCCAAUCCCAUCAUGGAAGCAUUUGGCAAUGCCUGCACACUACGAAACAACAACAGCAGCCGGUUUGGAAAGUACAUCCAGCUCCAACUCAACAGGUCCCAGCUGCUAGUGGGGGCGUCAGUGCAAACAUACCUACUGGAGAAGACCAGGGUAGCUGGCCAACCAGCCAGUGAGAGGAACUUCCACAUUUUUUACCAGAUGAUGAAAGGAGCUACCAAUGAACAGAGGAUGGAGUGGAGGAUGCCAUGUGACCAACGUUUUGCCUGGCUCCCAAAUGCGGAAAAUACACUUGAAGAAGAUUGUUUUCAAGAGACCGUCGAGGCGAUGGUGCACUUUGGCAUCGAUGCUGAGAGGAGGGGACAAAUAUUCACGAUAUUAGCAGGUCUUCUUCAUUUGGGCAAUGUGAAUUUCUGCUCCUCGUUGGACGAAUCGCAGCCAUGCGACCUAGAGGAGCAAUCCAAAGGUUUCCUCCAGAAGACGGCUGCCCUCCUGUGUGUCCCCGAGGAGGAGCUCCAGGCGUGCCUGAGGGUGAGGGCCCUGAGGGCGGGGAAGCAGAGUGCCCUCCUCAAGCCCUGCUCCCUGUCAGAGUGCAGCGUCAGGAGAGACUGCCUGGCCAAGGUCAUCUAUGCCCAGUUGUUUGAAUGGUUGGUUACAUUCAUCAACAACAGCAUCUGUGCAGAUAAAUCCACUUGGUGCAAUUUCAUAGGUCUGCUGGAUGUCUAUGGGUUUGAAUGCUUCCAACUCAACAACCUGGAGCAGCUUUGUAUCAACUACGCCAAUGAGAAAUUGCAGCAGCACUUUGUCGCCCAUUAUCUCAAAGCUCAACAGGAAGAGUAUAUUGCUGAAGGGCUGGAGUGGUCCUUUGUCAAGUACCAGGAUAACCAGGGCUGUCUGAAUCUCAUUGAGGGAUACCCCACAGGCGUGUUCUCUCUCCUCAAUGAGGAAUGUCGUCUCAAUCGGGUAUCGGAUGCCAAGCAGUUCAGGGCGCGUCUGGAGAAGGAGCUCUCGGACAAUACGAACGUGAGCUGGGACAAGUUCAGCAAGCAGCCCCAUUUCACGGUGGCCCACUAUGCCGGGAAGGUCAGCUACCAGAUUGAGGGCAUGAUGGAGAAGAACAAGGACCCAGUCCCCUCAGAGAUCCUCCAGCUGCUUCAGCAGUCAGGGAACCCCCUGCUCCACCAGCUGUUCGCUGACAGAGACACGGAGAACGAGGCCACCAGAGGGCUUAGCAAAGUGGUCACUGUGGUCUCCAAGUUUAAGAAUUCUCUGGAAAGUCUGAUGAAGAUCCUACACACCACCACUCCUCACUAUACCCGCUGCAUCAAGCCUAACCCGGACUGCAGACCGUUGACUUUCAAAAAGGAGGAGGUUAUUAUGCAACUGGAGGCUUGUGGAAUUGUGGAGACCAUACACAUUAGUGCGGCAGGCUUUCCAAUCAGAAUUCCCUACACAAGUUUCAUGCAACGCUAUGGACUGAUUUCCAACUCAAGUCAGAAUGGCUUGGGCGCUUCCAACAAGGACAAUCUUGGCUCAGCAGUGGCGGAUGUUCUCGGAGUGGUGUUAGAAAGCCACACCAUUGACCCGGCGCGGGAUGUUGACAGUGAGCCACACAGCACCCUGGUGCACUGUGGGAGGACCAAAGUGUUUCUGACGCAGGCCAUGCUGGACCUCAUGGAGGAGCACAGGGACCGGGUGUUGUCCCAGAAGGCCUUCUCUAUCCAGUGCUGCUGGCGCCGGCACUGCCAGCGCAGACGGCAUGCUCGGAGACGAGCUGCUGUCCUGAUCCAAGCAGUGGUGCGGUCCUGGCUGGUGAGGAAGACAGUCCAGAGAUGGCAGAGGGCAGCCACGGUCAUUCAGACCAACUGGAGGAAAUGGAGGGCACUGAUGGACGCCCUGGCUGAGGCGGAGCUGGAUGAUGCCGAAGACCUCCAGGAAGAGGAGGAUCUGCCGGCGUUGGACCCAAUCCUCAGGGAGAGAGGCUCUGUGCAGCUCUCCAGCUUCCAGGAGCCGGUCAUCGUGCGAGGCUGGCCCAUGGGUCUGGCUCUGGCUUCCGCCCCGACCAUCACCGUGUCCAUGACAGCCACAGGGUUCCAGAAGAUGAUGUCUGUGAUGGCACUACUCAACAUGCCCCUUAACAGAGGGGAAUACAGGGUGGAGACGAAUCAAUUCAAACAGGGGGUGGCCUCUAUCAGAGCUCAGCCCAGGGGGCCUGUUAAGCUCCACUUCCAGAGAUCUCCACUACUCUACGCGGAUAUGCACCCAGCACAGCAGUUUGAUGGCGUGACAGGUUUUAACCAAAUCCUGCUAGAAAACAACUGACUCUCUUAUGUCCCUUUCCUUGUUGCCUCAAUCCUAGCACCUUUUAAUAAUAUAGAAAAAUAUAAGAAUAUAGGACAUUUUUCUUCAAACAUGGUAUCAUUGUUGAACGUCUCAGGUGAAAUGGCAAGUGCCUUUAUCCAAACCUGAAGUUAAGUGUACUGUAGACGUAUUGGGAAAUUGCAAUUAGUUGCUCAUGGAUGUAUAUUACUGUGUUAAAGGCGGCGUUUGUUGUGUAUGUAUUAAUGUCAGGUGCCCAGUUAUUGAUAAAACCCGAGAAGAUGAUCAUUUUUAUGGGAAUACAUUUAAAUUAUUUUAGUUUAGAAUGUGUUCUGGUUCAUUUGUUUUUAUGCUUUGGCACUUAUGUUGC